AUGCAGAGCACCGUGAAGCUCGCGGUGCUAGCUUUACUGCUAGCGGCAGCAGCUCACCAUGGUCUGCUGCCGCUGCCGACGGCGCGAUGCUACUGGCUCAACCUGGAGAUCUACGACGCCGGCGGGCUGAGCCGCCGCACGUUCCCGGAGGGCUUCUCUCGGGACUGCCGCGUCGGCGUACCAGGUCGAGGGAUGGCCAAGCACGGGGCCGGGGCCCAGCAUCUGGGACGCCUUCAUAGAGAUGGAACUGGCAAGGUGAACCAGGAAGGAGUGGAUUACUAUAACAGGCUCAUAGAUUACAUGCUUCAGCAAGGCAUCACCCCGUAUACAAAUCUCUACCAUUACGACCUCCCAUUGGCACUCCAUGAACAGUACUUGGGCUGGCUUAGCCCAAAGAUUGUGGAGGCGUUUGCAGACUACGCCGAGUUCUGCUUCCAGACGUUCGGGGACAGGGUGAAGAACUGGUUUACCUUCAACGAGCCAAGGUGCGUCGCCGCUCUGGGCUACGACAAUGGCUUGCACGCACCGGGAAGGUGUUCCAAGUGCGCUGCCGGAGGCAACUCCACAACGGAGCCAUACCUUGCUGCACACCAUCUCAUCCUUUCUCAUGCAGCUGCGGUGAGGCGAUACCGCGACAAGUAUCAGCUUUACCAAAAAGGUAGAAUUGGAAUUCUCUUGGAUUUCGUGUGGUACGAACCUUUCCGCGACAGCAAUGCAGACCAGGCUGCAGCACAGCGAGCCAGGGACUUCCACCUAGGCUGGUUCCUUGAUCCCAUUAUAAAUGGACGGUAUCCGUACUCGAUGCAAGAGAUUGUCAAAGACAGGUUGCCAUUGUUCAGCGAUGAAGAAUCCAGGAUGGUGAAAGGCUCUAUAGACUAUGUUGGCAUCAACCACUACACUUCUUUCUACAUGAAGGACCCUGGGACAUGGAACCUGACGCCAGUCAGCUACCAGGAUGAUUGGCAUGUUGGUUUUGUCUACGAACGAAACGGCGUUCCUAUUGGCGCUCAUGCAAACUCCUACUGGCUGUACAUUGUGCCGUGGGGAAUCAACAGGGCUGUCAACUAUGUCAAGGAAACUUAUGAAAAUCCUACAAUGAUCCUUGCUGAAAAUGGAAUGGACCAACCUGGUGAUGUCAGUAUUACUCAGGGUGUGCAUGACACAGUAAGAAUCUGUUAUUACCGAGACUACAUAACUGAGCUCAAGAAGGCAAUAGAUGGCGGUGCCAGAGUCAUUGGGUACUUUGCUUGGUCGCUGCUUGACAACUUCGAGUGGAGGCUUGGGUACACUUCGCGGUUUGGCUUGGUCUAUGUGGACUACAAGACGCUGAAGAGGUACCCCAAGGACUCAGCUUUCUGGUUCAAGCAUAUGCUCUCCAAGAAGAGGAGCUAG